AUCGAUCGAAUCGAACGCGCCGUGAUUGUAUCGUUUUGUUAUUCGCCAGGCGAAAUGGCCGUAGAAGUUUUGAUUACAGACAGAAAUAAAAUUAGAGAAUGCCUAGGGAAGACGGAAACAGACGUGAAAAAUGAUAUAGAAACCAUCAGGAAUUGGUUGAAGUAUCAAAAACAUCUCCCAGAAUCGCCAACUGAUGUUAUGUUGGAAUUUUUCCUAACAAAUUGCAAAUAUAGCAUCGAAAUAACCAAGAGAAACAUCGAUAUGUACUAUACAGUACGUACUCUUUUACCGGAAUUCUACGAAAACAACAACCCUCAUUUAGAAGAAAAUAAAUUCAUUUGGGAUAUGAGUUACUACAUCCCUCUACCGAAACUGACCGAGAACCUCCAUCGAAUCGUAGUAAUCAAAUUCAACGGUACCCCCGCGUUCGAUUUUUGCAAAUGGACCGGAUUGAUAACGAACAUUUUCGAAAUCCGGCUGCACGAGGACCUCAUUUUGGGCGUCGUUUGCGUGGUUGAUUGCAAGGACGUUCGCCUGGAUCACCUCAAGGACGUGACGCCUGUUUUGAUCAAGAAAAUCCUCUUCAUCAAAGAGAACGUCGGUAAAGAUUUGAUGAAAGAAGUGCACGUUGUUAACAUUGCCCCGCACUUACUGAAAUUCAUCGAGCUGGUGAAGAAGUUUUUGAAAAAGAAAAUUGCCGAUAGGAUUUUCGUUCACCAAACGAUAGAUAAGAUUUACGAAAGGAUCCCUAAGGAACUUCUGCCCCGAGACUACGGGGGGAACGAGAAAAGUUUAAACGAAUUAUGGGAUAUGUGGAAACUGAAAUUCGACGAAUACAAAUGGAGAUACGACGAGCUGGAUAAAUUAAAAGUCAACGAGGAAUUGAGACCUACACCGUUGGAAAAUUCUGAUGCAUUGGGCUAUUAUGGCAAUUUUAAACAACUCGACGUCGAUUAGACUGUAUUUUUUUCUUAAUAAACAUAUUCCUACACAUU